CGAUUUGGAGAUUCAAUUGACUUUUCAGCGCUCUGCACAGCAGACGAGUUUGCAUGUAUCGUGUCUGAGCAGUGCAUAGACAAAAGACGACGAUGCAAUGGAAUCACAGAGUGCAGUGAUGGCACCGAUGAAAGCUAUUGCGAAGUUGUGGUAAUGGCCUUAUUCCACUGCGCAAAAAGUGGUGAGUGCAUUCCCGACGAGGAACGCUGCGAUGGCAAACGUCAGUGUCCCCACGGAGAGGAUGAAAUGCUCUGCAACGAUGGAUCCGAUGAGAUGUACUGCGAGACGGGUGUGGCUGAGUCCUCCAUUGUUUUCUCUUCAAAUCCGAAUCCAUCUGUUGGGCCAGAAGAUUAUGAAACGGAAUACGAAGAAAGUGCGACAGAGGAGGACAAACCGUCCUUUCCGAUGCUUUCCAUGACCCUGCCCCCCGUCAUACCAGUGUAA